AGAAACCAGCCGGAAAACCAUCCGGUCCCGAUAAGCUCCAAAGUGCCAUACUAUUAACAGUAUCAAUGAUUUCAUUAAUAGAAGGGAUGGCAGUCAAGGAGGAAUUAAUUUCAUCAGAAAUAAUAGGCUUAACAAACCUUAAAGCUUCCUCUAUAUUACUAUUAUCAGGGUUGGAAGAUAAUCUAAUGUCAAUGGUAUAGAAAGAUGGUGUGCCAGUGUUGGGUCUGGUGGAUGACUUUUUUUUUUAACGGAGCAAUGUAAGAAAAACCGUGAAUUACACGAAGGUUUCCGGCAUCCAGUCCCUUCCUCAACUCUAAAGUCUCGUUCACUAACGGCGAUGGCUGAGAAAGGAUAAUCCUAAUUGUUAAGGUCUAGUAUUCAUAUUAUUCUUGUUACUCUCUUUUGGAUUUGGUCAUCUAGUUUUGAGAAACAAGAAGUCUACCAAGUGUCGUCGAUAAAUAAGAGACGGGAAGUAAUCACUUAGAAACAUUAAAGCGUUGUCUACAUUCUUAUUAAGACAUGGAAAUUAGAAACGAAGAUAGGUUAAGUAAGUUACCUAAUGCUCUAAUCCAACGCGUCCUCUCUUUCCAUCCAUUUAAAGAUGUUGUCUCCACCGGCAUUUUAUCUAAAAGAUGGAGGAAAGUUUGGGUUUCUACUAAUGUCUUUGAUUUUCGUGGAUGGUGGCGUAAUUAUUUGGAUAAGGCAGAGGGUUCUUGCGAUCAUGAAAUGGAUCCAAAUGACUAUUUAAUGGCAGCUAAAGUAUUUUUGGGUUUUGUUAAUAGAGUGUUGACUGUUCAUGAUGACAAUAGUGAUAUGCCAGCUUUACAGAAAUGUUAUCUCGAAAUUGACCAAAUACUCUUUCAUAGAGAUACAGUCAAAGCACUGGUCUCUACCAUAGAAAGGCGUCAAGUUGAGAAGUUGAUUUUCGAUAAUAUGAUGUUACUGAAUGUGAUUAUUCUGAUGAUGAUUGUGACGAGGAUGAGGAAAGCAUUUAUGAAUAUUCACUUAAGAAGCUGUAUCUUCCUCACUGUUUUUUCACUUGUGAAUCACCGACAAGAUUUCUUUUGCAACUGCCCUACUCUUGAAGACUUGAGUUUGGACACUUGUACUUGGAAGGUGGAAAUGGAUGCAGGCAAGUUGUUUUACUGUACUCCCAAAUUGAAGAUAUUAAGAUUGUCUGAUUUCAUUUAUGAGGGUCUCUGCUUUGCUAAUGUUCUUGGAACCAGUUCUGUGGCGAAAUUUAAUAGCUUGGCACAUUUGGUUUUAGCGCAAUUGAGUUAUUUGAAUAUCCGUAAGCUGUUUGAUUUUCUUCACAACUCGCCUAAUCUUGAAUCCCUCGUCUUCGAUAAUCGUAUCUGCAACAAUACGACUGAUGAUCUUAUGACUGAUGCGGUCCCUCAGUGUAUGUUGCUACACAUGAAGUCAGUUGAAUUCAACAACUACUAUGGGUCAUCAUCUGAGACAUGCGUGCUGGAAUACUUUUUAAAGAAUGCACUGGUUCUGCAGAAGAUGACUACUCGGCUUUGGAUAUCACACUUACCAGAAGAUUUAAAAAACAAAGCUAUGGAGAAAUUACUAGGAUUUCCAAGAGUCUCCAAGUGUUGUAUUGUUGAGCUGUUGUAAAACAUCUCCUAAAUUUUCAUUUUGUCGUUUAAGCUGUUGAACUUAUGUCAACGCCCCAAAACUUGCAUUACUUUUACUUUUAGCAGGGAAAGUGAAACAGAAGGAAAGAUAUGGUUUAAAUGAAAAUUUUGUUUCUGCA